AUGAUGACAGCUUCGGAUCAGAUUACGCUCAUUACAGAGACCGACUCCCCUUCCACGCUGGUGGGAAGUCAAGCUAACGCUCCGGGUUUCUCCCCACUUUUGCACUGGCUUCUGGCCCCUCGGAAGGACGGGGCUUGGAUUCCCCUGGACCCUUCGCUCCAAGCCCCGGCAGCGAACGACGCCGAAGCGUCCCUCGCCCGUGCUAAUUUUCCCGGCAUAAACCCGUCAUGGGACUAUAGGACUGGGAUUGCGAGGUCCCAACCGCCAAGAAGAACCCUGAGACUGGCGGGGAUUUCGCGGCCGUCAUCGACAGCAACCUUGCGCUCUCGCCGUACGCCGAGGCCACAGUCCUCGUGUCGGCCCAAACAGGAGCUGCAUGAUGAUUUUUUGCCUCAAAUUAAGAUUCGCGAGAGUGACCUCACCUCGGAGGUUCCACCCGAGCUCAUCCCAGACGGCACCAUCAAUCCCGCGCUGUUGAUGCCGGCCGUUAAUAUUAACCAACCGCCCCAAACCACUGACGCCUCACACCCCAUGGCAACCGGCGAUUCGGCUCUCAACCGUCCGGGGCCUAUUUCUCCUCCCGGUCAUAGGGGUAACGGCCUCGACCCCUCCCCUGCACCCCUGACCCCCUCGGACGGCCCCGAAACGGAGGAUGACGCUGUCGAAGCCAUGAUCCACGAGUUUCUGAACCUGGAUGAAGAUGAGACUCGGGCUGGGGGAUAA